AUGACUCGCUGCACAGACUGCUUAGUUAUAGGCCAUCGUGGCUUCAAAGCCAGAUAUACCGAGAACACAAUUACUGGCUUUACUAAAUGCUUUGAAACCGGAGCUACAAUGUUUGAAACAGAUACUUGGACCACUAAGGAUGAAGUUUUGGUCAUCUCUCAUGACGUGAAUACAAAGAGAAUAUUCUGCGAUGAAGAUGGAAACGAGGCAGACUACAACAUCUUGGAUUCAUACUAUGACCAGUUGAAGAAUCUCCGUACAAUACAAACAGGCGAGCGAAUGUUGACAUUUAAGGAUCUUUUGAGGUGGUUCAUUGAGUAUAUUCACAAGUACGGUGAAAACGAUUCCGAGCACAGAAUCAUGCUUGAUAUUAAGAAUGCCAACCCUCCAAAGAUCUUGAAACUUAUUGUCAGAGAUAUGUUAGAAGUGCACGACGACUUAGCAUGGUGGUUUCCCAGAAUUCAAUUUGGUGUUUGGAACUUGCGCUUUGUCAAGUAUCUCAAUCAGGACCCUUACUUCCAGAAACACUUCAGCUUAACGGAACCUCGGAAUGGCUACAGCCAUCCGGACAUACUUCACAUAUCCGCCAGUUGGCAGGAUUCUAUGACCUAUUUGGCUUAUAACGAGUAUAUCCAGAGCUCCAACAAUAAUAGAUUCAAGUUUCUUGUCACUGGAGUGUCCAUGAUUUACAUUGCUACUUGGUCUACCGGAUUCGUGACCAAGUUUAUUCCAGCUGUCAAAGCACAAGACCUCAAAUUGUAUACCUGGACGAUCAAUAACCUUGCUCAAUUAGAAUACUUCUGCCGCUUAUGCCUGAGUGUCCAAAUCAAAGAGUACGGGAUCAUUAGCGAUUGGCCAGACAAGAUGGUCAGUUACCUCGGUGACAUCGAGACGACCACAGAAAAGACGGAGCUUUCGGUUCUUAUUCCAUCCAGUUUCUACGUUCCAUGGAAGUUGAGGCUUGUCAACUACUUGUGUGUUGCUGUUCUCUAUGUAGCUGGAGUGAGGAUCGCGUCAGCACCGCCAAGUCUGUUUGGAACGCCGGUUGAUCCGAACGAAGCGGUCGUUUUUAAGGCUAAAAAGUUCCAGAAAAUAUUUGCAUUUUUACAACACAUGAGAAUUUUUUAG